AUGGACCCGCCGAGACUAAGCGUCGAUGGCACCGUGUCGUUGGUUGAAGCGCUCGAGCUACCCCAUCCUGCUACUGCUCUCCUUCGCGCCUUCAUUCUCGAUGCCGUCGAUUGGGACCUAGCCGCCGAGCAUGUUCGGUCUAGAAUUGGAUCGCGAGAAGAAGCGCAUCGUCUGGUAUCUGAUUGGAUCUACGUUGUCGAAGCUGUCUCUAGUAACGGAGUUGAACUGGAAGCACCAGACAAAACCACAGUUCGCGAAAUUAUGGAGCGCGAUGGAAACUAUAGAGUUCAUCCAGUGUCCAUUACCUUGCACGACCCGAUCCAACUGAAAGGUAGCAUGGCACUACUCGGCGACCACUCGCGUGCAGGCAUCGACAAGGUUGACCCCCGAUUCGUUGGUACUCACGCCAGGCUCUGCAAAAGUGUACAGCUUGUCAACCUCAUCCAAACCAUGGCCCCUGAAUUGCACAAGCGCAAUGAUGACCUGCUCGCAACAGCGCCUGCCGCAACUACAGCUCCACUGGUGCGCGUGAUAUCACGUCGCAGGCCGUUCAGCUUGGCAUGGCUCUUCUCGCGCCCUAUUUUCUUUAUUUGGCGGCUAAUUCCACAAGCGCUGCGUUUCUCCGCCUACGAGAAGUUAAUGCGUUUUGGAGACUACUGGUACGGAGCUACUGGUGCUUCCGGCAUUGUUGCCAAGCUUCCAUUUGGAUUAUUCUUGAAAUACAGUGCCAAUAUUGAAUGCGUUCGAAACGAAUUCAACGCUCUUGGUGUUGUUGGCAAAAAUACAGGCGUACCCGUGCCACGUGGGUUGGACUUCGCAUCCAAGUGGGUUCAAGGCAACCGCGAACUUCUUCCCCAGGGCUAUCACAGAUCGUACAUGCUUACUUCUGAGUUGCCGGGUGCCGCAUUAUCGCUUUGCAUGGAUGCAAUCUCAGAUGCUGACUACCAGCGAAUUCAGCUACAAAUCCAAGCCUACGUCAGCCAGAUACGGGAGAUUCCCCAGACCGUCAACCCUGAUUUCGUGAUUUGCGAUACCCGAGGAGAGGCUUGCCGAGACCCCCGGAUCCGUGAUUUUGCCCCGAUUGGCCCAUUCAAAGACGAAGCCGCGUUUAGUCAGGAGCUACGCUUCCCCGACGAGCCAAGCCGACGAGGGCAUAAAAUUGUCUUUACACACGCUGAUCUCAAUCCCCGUAAUAUCAUUGUCAACCAAGUUAAGGAUGCAACGGGUACGCUGCGCUGGGAGGUGUCCGGAAUUGUGGACUGGGAGGCAGCUGGCUACUACCCGGAGUACUGGGACUGCACAAAGUCUAUGUUUGAACGGUUUCGGUGGCCACGCAGGCACAAUGAUACCAUGCAGCGUGUCUUCGCAGAAUUUGGAGACUAUUCGGCCGAGCUAAAGCUGGAAAUAGAAGCAUGGGAAUCCGGCGACGGCGUCUAA